AUGCUCGUCGUCCACCCUUCCUCCCAGUGCGACGUCUGCCUGGACGCGUACACCUGGUCCACCCCCGCCAAGUCCCCUCACGCAAUUCAGUGCGGCCAUAUUUUCUGCUAUGACUGCCUGCGCACGGUGAACCCCAGCAACUGUCCUAUGUGCCGCAAGGCGUUUAACCCGGAGCGCAUCAAGAAACUGCACGUCGACAAGGCCCCUGGCGAAGGCUCCGUCCCCACUGGUCCCAUGGCGGAGGAGAACGAGCUGUUGCGACGGGUUGGCAUGCUCUUUGACCAGGAUGCUGACCCGGUCGACAUCGACGCGAUAGUGGAGGAGGCGACGGAGUGGUUGAAUAACCACCCGGGUCCUGCAGUGAGUCAUCCCGCUCUAAUUUUUCCCGUCGCCACACGCGACGUGAGGAAGAUCGACCUAACGUGGCAUCGUCUUUUUUUCAGCACGUUGCGUUGCGGCACGCUAUGUUCGCCUUACAUGAAAUCAAGUCGCUUCGCAUCGAAAAAGCUGCCGAUAGAGAGAUGUUCGAACGUCUGCGUGUAA